AUGCGCGACCAGGUCGACAACCUGCGCUCCAAGGGUGUCAAAGAGGUGGCCGCGAUCUACUCGGGCGUGGGCCAGGCCGAGCAGGAGGCCGUGCUCCGCAGCGCCGCCCAGGGCCAUCUCAAGCUGUUGUACGUGAGCCCCGAGCGGCUCUGGUCGCCGAUGUUCCGGGCCUGGUUGCAAGACGUGGACAUAGCCCGGAUCGCCGUGGACGAGGCCCACUGCAUCUCGUUGUGGGGACACUCGUUCCGUCCCGAGUACGCCAUGAUCCCGACGGCCGUCGCCGCCGCGGCAGGCCAACGCCUGCCGGUGGCCGCGGUCACCGCCACGGCCACCCCCGAAGUUCUCGAAGACGUGACACGGCUGCUCGGCCUCAAGCCCGGCGGCGGCCCGUUGGUGCGCUCGGUCGACAGACCCGAGAUUCACUACUACGUGGAACGUUGCCAGAACCGCAAGGACCGCGACCUGCGGGUGGUUCAGGUGGUCGAGGCCUUCCGCCGCCGCAGCGCCAUCGUCUACGUCCCCACGCGCAACGACACCGUGCGGCUAGCCGCACUGCUGAGCAGCUUCGGCCACCGCGUCCGCCCCUACAGCGGGGCGAUGGAACUGGGGGAGCGCCAGCACACCGAGGACGCCUUUCGUCACGGCGAGAUCGAUGUCGUAGUCGCCACCAAGGCCUUCGGACUCGGCAUCGACAAGCCUGACAUCGAGUUGAUCGUGCAUCUCGAGAUGCCUGCCUCCAUCGAGGAGUACGUGCAGGAGACGGGCAGGGCCGCCCGCGGCGCUUGCGACGGGACCGGCCCCGCCACCGGCACGGCGGUGCUGCUCACAACUCGCCGAGACUGCCGCAUCCACGAGUACUUCGUGGAGUCCUCGGCCCCCGCCAUCGCCACUGUGCGGAAGGCUUGGUCCGCGCUGUCCGAGGGCCUCAACUUCAUCGACCCCGACCGGCUCGCCGAGCGGGCCGACACCAAGGACGGCGAGCGCGACGGAUCGCAUGCUCUCGCCUUGCACUACCUGGAACAGGUCCGGGCCGUGCGCCGGCGCCAGGACUUCGUGCUGCGGGGACGGAUCGGAUCGGUGGACGCCACCAAGCACCGUGUGGAGAACUCCGGGCCCGCGACGCGCCUGGCGGACCGCGCCGACGCCAUGCUGGCGCUCGCGCACCGCAGAAGAGGGCGAGUACCGCGGCUGCAAGUGGGCGCAGCGGUUGGGCAGCGCCCCGACGAGGUCGAGCGGACUGGCGAUUGA